CAGAACUAGGUUCGCCGAACUAGCUAGUGUGUGUAUAGCUUCAUCCUCUCAUCCUCUUGAUUGACUAUUAUCUAUGCCAUAACAUUCGUCAGGCAGUGGCAGGCCCUGCUUGAUUAUUCUUCCUUUUAGCUUCAACUACAACUCCUCAACUAUACCAUCGAAUCAAAGCAGAAACAAGAAAGAUGGCCUCCCCCUCCCCCUCCGCUUCCCUCAGCACCUCCGCCUUCAUGGUCUCCUCCCAAGACAAACACUACUCCUCCGCCUCCGAUGACGAUGUCGCCUCCCUCCCUUCCGAAUCUACCUCCGCAUCGGACCUCGACUCCCUCGACUCGGACUACUCCGACGCCGAAGAAGAAUGGCGCGAAAGCAUCGAGCAAUUAGAGUUGCUGUUGACGAUGGUGUUGGUGCCUUUUGUGGGGAAGUACUUGGGUAGGAAGUGUGCCUAUUGGAGCUGGACCAGAUUCAUGGAAUGGAAGUACCCGGUUGAAGUUGUGGUUACCAAACCUGGUGUAUUCAAGGGGACAGGAGCUGUGGAGGCAAUGGCCCCGAUAUAAGCUUACUUUCUUUCUUUCCUCUCUUUCUGGGAAGAGGAGUAUGGGUUCGUG